AAAUUCAACCAAAUUAGAACUCAAUUCACCUCAGCAGUUUUUUCUGCGUUCCGCUUCCUUCCUAUCUGUACAAUGUCUCGCGCUCCAGAAGCAGAAGCAGCGACUCAAUCUGACCAGAAGGCAUUCGGCCAGCCGUGGCCCGACCUCAACGACGGUUUAUUCUACAGCGACGUCGUUUCCGCCUCCGAUUCCAGAUUGACACUGAUCGAGUUCUACUCAACCAAACAUAAGAACUCAGCUCCCUUGCAAGGUUGGUUGCAGAGAAUUCAAAAUGGACAGAUAACUAUUGAUGGUAAAGCUGUUAAAGAUCCUGACACGAUUCUCAGUGCUGGUUCAGAACUAGUAUAUCAUAGGUUUCCUUGGAAAGAGCCUGACGCACCAUACUUGCUGGAGGUUUUAUAUGAAGACAAUGAUAUUAUUGCCUUAAACAAGCCUUCGGGUCUCCAAGUUCUUCCAGGUGGACUGUUCCAACAGAGAACCGUUUUAAAGCAGCUACAAUGGUGGGCUAGCAAGCAGAGAUCUUCACUGUCAGACCAAGAAUCACACCCUGUUCCUGUACAUCGUUUGGGAAGGGGCACUUCAGGAAUAUUACUUUGUGCAAAAACAAAGCUGGCAAAGACUUGCCUUGCAGCAUAUUUCGCCGAUGGAACAUCUAAAAUUGGUGCUAACAGUGAUAUGAACUUGGAGCAUUUUACAAAGAAAAUUUCAAAAAUAUACCGGGCACUAGUAAGUGGGAUAGUAGUGGAAGAUGAGAUAAUCAUCAAGCAGCCAAUUGGAAUUAUGCGAUAUCCUGGUGUGGCCAAAGGGCUGUAUGUUGCUACUGUUUCAGCAGGGAAGCCAGCUCUGAGCAAAGUUAGAGUCCUUGAGAGAGAUUUGCAAGGAAAUAAAACAUUGGUCCAGGUUGCAAUUCAGUCUGGCCGGCCACACCAAAUACGCAUACAUCUUGCUUUUGUAGGGCAUCCUUUAGAGGGUGAUCCUCUCUACAUUGCUGGAGGCCAACCAAAGUCCUUUGACUCUGAACUUGCUGACGAAACUUUUGCCCAUGAUGGAGGGUAUCUAAGGCCUCUAGCACCUGUUCCGGGAGACUGUGGUUACCAUUUGCAUGCACAUCAACUCACACUCUCACAUCCAACCACAAAUGAGGUAUUAGAAAUUACAGCACCGCUUCCAUCCAUCCUCCAAACAAUGGAGGAAACAAAAAAGUUGACAUCCAUUAGUAAGAUCAGUUAGAGCUGUCACAACCACUUGUCUGGAAAAAGAUAGGCCAGAAGCAAUGCAUUGACAAAUUGAAUUACAGCUGGUUGAUGUCAAAUUUGAUUGUUCUCUCUUUAACAAUGGGAAGAUGGUUCUUCACAGGUCACAUUCAAAAGCAAGCACAUUCAUGUGUGGAAAGAUAGCCCUAAUUCAUGGUAAUCCUCAGUGCUACAAUGUUCUCUGCUUGAAUUUUAAUUUAACAACUAUAUAUUCUGGUUGAGUAACACUAUGUGUACAAACAAUAAUAUGUCAUUAUGUGAUUGGAUACGAUUUUAUCUCUAA